AUGACACUAGACGCAGCUCUCUUCACGCUGCAAUUUGUCAGGAGAAGGAACCAACCAUGGAUCGUCGACAUCUACCCCACGUCAACCGCGUCCAGCUCCAGCGGUGCACCGCCCGUACCCUCCAAGGAUUCGGCAAGCACCUCCAAACCCACCGCCUUCACAGGCACCAUCCCGGACCUCGCAGCUCAACGUGCGCUCGCGCUUGAGUCCACGAACUUCUCCGACCAGACUCCCAGCUACACACGAGUGCGAGCAAUGAAUCACACCCAGUACAGCACCAUCCUGCUCGACGGUCUCGUCAACGACUGCCUCCUCGCAUCGAUAUCACAGCCGUACGCCAACAACGCCAAAAAGAAACACAUCCUGCUCUACAGCCCGGACGCUGAAGUCGAGCUCGAGAAGCGCAGCAUGACAUUCCAACAGUCGUGGCGCUUCCACUUUGGCGACGCGGCAUCUAGCACUGCCGAGGAGUUUUCGUGGAAGCGAGAAGGCGGACCCUCCCGAGGCUCAUCCACACAAUCGGCGUACGUGUGCGAGGUCAUUCGCAGACCAGAUCCGAGUGUUCUGGCGGCGCAGUAUCGUCCUCCUGCCGUAAAAGGGAAACCGGGCACGCUGCAGUUGAUGGACUACAACAUCAAUCGUCUCGACGUGCAAGACAAGAAGGGGUUGGAGGUGGUACUUGUCAUGUCGUUGAGCGCGUUGUUGGAUCAGGAGUACGAUGAGAAAAUGGCUUCGAGAGGAGAGAGGAAUAUGUACAUCUGCAGUAGUGGCAUUCCGACGGAUUUGAGUACGCAGGGGUUUGCAGGCGCGUGGCAGGAGGCAGAGGCACGGCAUCGGUCCGAAUCGGCUGUCACGACCGGGUCUUUACAGGAUGGCGAUACCACCCAUGGUCUCCCGCGCGUUGCAAGCGAGUCCUCAGAUAUCGAUGCAGCGACCGCAGAUCGCAUCGCAAAUCUCGAACCGAACGAGCUGCUCAUCACAAGAUGGGGAUCCGUCGACGAGUACGUGCAGCACGCUCUCCAGCUGCUCAGGUCAGACGGGCAGGGACAGUCCAUGUACCUCAUCUACCUGCUCUCGCAUUCGCCCGAGACGACGCCAAAGGUGGUCCAGGUGGCCGCGGCGAUCAAGGCUGCCUACUAUCGACUGCCCGACGAUGCCAAGGGUACGGUGUAUGGACGACCCAGCACAGCGACGGCGGUGGAAGACGAGCUGUAUCAGUACGUUCAGACGCUCGAUGACGAGGAGGCGCCUGCUUCGGCCCCUGCCGAGACGACGCCGAAGAGGAGGAUAAUCAAGUUGGAUCCUCCGAGUCAGACUUCGAUGAGCUCGACUUCUCCGGCCGGAAGCCCUGGUCCGCGAUCGUCUUCGAUGGGCUACAAGCCGCCGAGCAAGCUUAAAGUCAUCUUAUCGAAAGAGAGGAUCGCCGAGCUCGAGCCGAAGAAGCACGAAAACCAGACAGUCACAGCGUCAGGUGCGGCUCAGAACACACUCAACGUACCAAUGAAGCCAAGCUUGCCGGGUCGACCGGUCUCUCCGCCGUCGCAGCAGCAACCGCAUCCGUCCAGCAGCACUUCAGCGCAGCACGACAAGCUGGGAAAAGGCAAAGCGCUGCUCUCCAAGCUCGGGUUGCAUUCCUGA